AUGGGCGACGAGUUCUACACAUCAAGCUUUGCCAGGAGCGACACAUCGACGACAAUCAUCUUCAAUGUGUUUCGCGGCAGUCCAGAGGCCCUGAAACUUCAACUGGAGGCAGCGCUGAACCAGCAAAAAGUGACUCCGCCAGACGUUUGGGUCAUGAGCUUCAACUCGCCGAAUGAGAAUGCAUACAAAGAGGUCUUCCACGGACGCUUCCUGUUAGCCUACAUGGCGAAGACCAAGUACGUUCUGGUCGUGGACGACGACAGGAACAUCGAUUCGACGACUGUGUACGACUACAUCCAGUACAUGAACCUGCAGAAGGGCGUGUGGGGGAACUUCGGGCACCUGCGGGCGUCCACGUUCGAUGGAUACAAGAGCUGGCCGAACGUAGGCUACAACCUCAAUUCUGUGGACUGGGUGGAGCAAGACUACCUCUGUGGCAUGUGGUUCCUCGAGCAGACGUGGCUCGAGUACUUUAUGAAGGAGCGUCCGCCGUCGUGGGCGACGGCAGAAGACAUGCACCUCUCGCAUGUCAUGCGCAAGUACCUGAACGUGAACACGUACGGAGGCAAAUACAUCUUCGACCACCAGCUCGGACGCGGCAACAAAGUGGCGAACGUGGACCAACCGCUCGAUACGCUGGUCUACGCUGAAAGUGCGGGUGAUAUUGAGGAUUUCAUCGAAAAGAUGGAUGCGUGUCCUGCUGAAGGAACAAAGGGGGUGGCGCCAUGGUGCAGCGCUGGCAAGACGGCUGCUGUAUUCCGCGGAGCAAAGGACCAGGACGUUAACGGCCUCAUCCUGGCAGCGGAGCGAUUGUGCAACCGAACCGACUGCGAGUACUACAGCCCCAAGCCCAACAUCAAGCACCCCAUCCAUUACUUUAACAUGCGCGAAGGUUACGGCCAAGCAUACACGGACGUGGAGAUUCCGUUCCAAACCAGCACGACGGACGUCAUCCUGUCUCUGGUUGGGAUCCUCAACAAUGUGUUACCCUACACAUUGUUCUUGCCCAGUCCGGAGGCGUCGGCGACAUUAGAAGUCGUAGAAUCCGCGGAUCCUGGCAAGCGGAACGUGUUGCAGAUUUACCAUCGCACCGCGUUGCUCACUGUGGACAUCCAUCGGAACUCGAAGACGAACCCUAAAUGGUUCCGACGGCCAGACGUGGCUGACAGCACGUUUGCCAAGAGGUUUCCGAGUGAGAUGAAGACUUUCGUGUGGCAGAAAGAGAACAACGAAGUUACGGCCUACUAG